AUGCGACAUUCUCUCUGCUCAACAAUCAGGUGUAGCGACAUGGCCGAUAGCGAGUUUGAAGAAUUUCGACGAGUUUUUGAUAGACUACCGCAACACAUUAAGGCCCCAACGCCUUUUUACUCAUUAGUGCCAAAUGUUGGAUUCGAAGAUGAGUCACCUUCCUCGAAAAGUGAAGGUAGCCCCGAAGAAGACAGAGGAUGUGUAGGCGAAACCGAUGGUCGGUCAUCUAUUCCGGAAAAUCCGGAGUCUCCACCGCCACCGGCAGACGCAGCAGACACACAACGCAGUCCUCGUCACCAGACGUUUACAAAUGGCGAAAGGCGAAGGAGAAAACUCCCUGAGAUCCCGAAACAUAAAAAAUCAUCUAUUCUAGCAUGUGGCCAACCAGCAUCUCUAGCUGAUGAACUUGGGGCUCUAACCGGGAUGCUCGUAAGACCAGGAUGUCACAGCAGACCACUGCUCGUGCUAAAAUGUGGCUAUCUCCUCGACGAAGACUCCAGCCCAGAUUCGGAGAGACUGCAAAGCUUGGGAGAUGUCGACAGUGGACACAGCACCGCACAUUCCCCUAUCGACACGGGUCCAAAGAGUUUGUCGCCAAUACCCUUACAGCAAAACGUGUCGCCCUCGUCCAGUUGCAGUAUCAGUGGAAUGAAUUUUGCAGGAAAUAUGACCACAGUACCUCAUAGUCAACUAGAAAUGCUUGAAGCAACCCACAGAGGCCUACAUAAAUUUAACCCUAGGCAUCACGAUGAAAUCGAGGUGGAAAUAGGGGACCCUAUUUAUGUUCAAAAAGAAGCAGAAGAUCUAUGGUGCGAAGGUGUAAAUUUACGAACAGGACAGCAAGGAAUCUUUCCCUCCGCCUACGCAGUCGAUAUGGAUUACAACGACUUCGACCCAGCAAAUGCCAAAGUAAAAAGGGAACGAUAUUUAUUAGGGUAUAUGGGCUCCGUAGAAACUUUAGCCCAUAAAGGUACAGGUGUCGUUUGCCAAGCUGUAAAAAAGAUUGUCGGUGAAUGCAGCACUGAACCUACCAUUCAGCCUUGUAUUCUUGAAGUAUCUGAUCAGGGGCUUCGUAUGGUUGACCGUUCCAAGCCAGAGAGAAAUCGCAACGGACCCUGUAUCGAUUACUUUUACUCGCUGAAGAACGUAUCGUUUUGCGCUUUCCAUCCUCGAGAUCAUCGUUACCUGGGUUUCAUCACAAAACACCCGACCCUUCAACGAUUCGCUUGCCACGUAUUUCGAGGACAGGAGUCUACCAGGCCAGUCGCAGAAGCAGUCGGGAGAGCUUUUCAAAGAUUUUAUCAGAAGUUUAUCGAGACAGCGUACCCAAUUGAGGACAUCUACAUAGAAUAGGGAAUGAACGAUAAUAAUCAUCAGUAAUUUAUUGAAGCUUUUUUGUUGUAGUUAUAUCACGUCAGGCAUGUUUAGUGAAUGGUUAUUUUAUGAAUUAACAAAUGUCGCAAAUUUACGCUGACCCUAAUGAGUCAAUUGCUUAGUGAAAUGUAUUGUUCACUUGUAUUUAAAGGGUUUUUUCGGUGGUUAUUGCAUCUCUGGCUUUACUUCAAAGACUUCGAACUUCAAAGAAUGAAUGUAGUAUUUAUAUAAAAUAUAAUUUGAAAAUUAAGUUAUCUUCCUAAUGUACCGAUUUUACGAGAUUAAAUUGACAUAAAUUAACAGACCAUCCACUACAUGCCUGUCACAAAGUAUUUGAUAUUUUCAAAGUCGUUGCUAAGUCGCAAGCCGCCUUCCGAAACUAUUAACUUUAAUAUAUUAUAUUAAGAGAGAGAGAGACAGAAGUACAUGACUAUUUACAGCAACUCAUUUCAGUAUUUAUAUACAUACUGCAUCUACCUUUAAAUAAGAAUAACGUUAGAAAAACGCUGAUAUAUAUUUCCAUUCGUAGAUUCUUAACCUCCUAAUCUCUGGUUUCAAUUAGUAGUUGUUUUUUUUUUGGUUUCAAUAAUCAAAAUGUACCGAUUUUAUUUACAUAUUUACUCGUAGACUUUGUUAUUUCUGAAGGAUUUAAUUAAUCCUUAAAAUGUGUAUGUAGAAUUUACGUAAAGUAUCUCAAUUUGUAUUCAUUUCGACUAAUAAUAAUAAUACGAAACAUUAGAUGAAAUUAACACUGAAAAUGAACUCCACUUGGCUUAGGCCGUGGUUUUCAGUAUUUACCGGAAAUUCGUAAAAAAUCGAGAAUAAGCACUUUGUACAUAAUAAUAAUAAUAAAAUAAUUCAUAGUUUUUUUUUUUAUAUUUGUGGCAUUGUAGUCGUAAAUUUUCUCGAGAAAAUGGAUGCCGUAAAAAUAUCAUCUUUGAGACGAAUGCAAUACGUGUGUGCCGCACUAUCCAGUGCAUUCGAAUAUCAUUUUGAAUCUCGAACUCUGUGAUAUUGAAUCAGUUGAGUUUUGGUAUAGAUAUUAAAUUGAAUUGUGAAUAUUUUUUUAGACCCUAGAAUAUUUUUGAGUAUUUACAGUGUUUCGGAAAGUACGAGCCUGAUUAUUACACUGUGAAAUUGAUGGUAUUUUAGCGUGUUUUUAUGAUUGAAUUAGAUGAAAUCUCAACAGGAUCUCAUAAUAUAGUUCUAUAAUAUUUGUCUUAGAUUGUUUUCGCUUGAUAUUACAAUCGUUGCUUUUUCAUUUAAACCAAAAUUUCUUAAACUUAGUAGUUCGCUGGGAACGCUCGUGAAGUCGAAUCGUAAACAAUAAGUGGAUACAAGGCUUUAUCGAUUGUAAUUUAAUAAAAAUUUGUAGCAUUUUACAUUUAGAUUAUCUAUAUGAAAUUUUUGAGGCACCUUAGCAAUUUAUUUACUUAGAGUGUAUGAUCUAAAACCAGUUUGACUCACUGUAUGCGAUGUUAUCAAAUAUCCGUUGGCUUAAGAAUUAAGAUAAGGUUUAAAUAGUAAUCUUUAAUAAAUAUCAUAGUGAAGAGUAUUUAUUACGAAGGAAAGUUAAUAUUUUAUAUACCGCCAAAAAUAUAGAAAGCCCAUCAAGAAAAUCAUUGCGAUCAAAUCCAAUAAAUAUUUUUAGCUAAUUACUAUUCAUAACUGCUUAAUGUUAAUGUAUGUACUUGCAUUGUAGUGGUGACUACAUUACUUGUUUCCAAGUGAAACUUUAUUGAAAUCAACUAGUAAUCAUUUUUGCAGUAGAACCAAAUCAUUUUUGUAGUAGAACCAAAUCAUUUUUGUAGUAGAACCAAAUCAUUUUUGUAGUAGAACCAAAUCAUUUUUGUAGUAGAACCAAAUCAUUUUUGUAGUAGAACCAAAUCAUUUUUGUAGUAGAAGUCUCAUG